AUGUCAAGCUCCGUACAGGAGGAUUCAACGGCUAGGCCUAGCCGCGGUGUCACGAAUGAUUCUACGCUAGAAGGUUCUACGGAAUACAAGUUAAUUCUCCCACCGCUUCCUGCUGGUACAGCGACGCUCAAUACCGUAUUCCUACAUGGCGACAUCACAGGUAGGCCUUAUAAAGCGGAACAUUUCGAGGAAGGACUGAAAGCGGUGCUCAACAUAAAAGAAGAGGUUGUCAGCACAGGAGUAUACCAGAUGAAUCACGUGUGGGUGGUGACUCUGCAAUCUGCGUUGUCGAAGCAGAAAUUAGUCAGUCUAAAAGAGCUGCAAGUGAAGGGCAAGCAAUGCCACAUCAUCGAUCCAAACGUAAAAGAAGUGCAAGUGAAGCUGCAUUGGCUCCCGGUAUUUGUUCCGGACGAGGAGGUAAAAAAUGUGUUUGAACCGUUUGGAAAAAUCAUGCAGCUGGAAAAAAUCAAAUGGACAAGACCAGGCAUGGAGGGAGUGUACACUGCAACAAGGUCGGCCAAGCUCAGAUUAGGGAAAGGAAUAACUGUCGACAGCUUGCCACACCAGGUCAAAGUGUUCGGAGGGACAGUCCUCGUGGUCGCACAGGGAAGGCCCCCCCUCUGCUUGAAAUGCAGGAGAGUUGGGCACGUUCGCAGGGAAUGCCGCGCAGUUAAAUGCAGUAAGUGUUUCCGCUUCGGACACCCAGAAGAGGAAUGUGUGAGAACAUACGCCAGGGCAGCUGAGGCGAAAACUAAAGACGACAUCGAGCAACAGGACAUGUUCGUCGACGAAGAGGACAUGAACACUUUGCAACUUGAAGGCCAAGAUAUGUCACGUAAAGCAGGGCACGAGGAACUAAGCCGGAAAACAGGAGAAACAAGCCCAAAACAGCUUGCGUCAGGAUGUGAUCACAUAGAAGAAGCCGCCGAUGAUAAUAACACAGGAGGCACAAAAGAAAACAAGCUUCAAAAAGAGGAACAGAUAGACACUGGUGAUGCAGAGCAAGAAAGUGAGUCAGCGUCAAUAAAGGAGAAAGCCUUAAGCGUAGCCGAUAAGAGAAGCAAUGUGUUGAAGGAUGGUCAACUGCAAGGACACGACGAAGGCGACAUCGAAGACCGGACAGGUUUUAAGUGGAAAGUCGUCCCGAAUCGCAGAAACAGGUUCAACUCUGCUCCAAAGCUACCAACAGAAGAAAGACGGAGAAGUUCGUCGAACCAUUACUGA